AUGCCUACGCCGUUGAGGAUUCUGGUGCCGAUAAAGAGGGUCAUUGACUAUGCUAUCAAGCCCCGAGUCAAUAAAGCCCGAACAGGCGUCGAAACCCAAGGCGUGAAGCACAGCAUGAAUCCCUUUGACGAGCUUUCGAUAGAAGCUGCUGUACGGAUACGAGAACGGAAAACCAUGCCAGUUGAAGACAUCCUCGCCUUCUCAGCCGGUCCCGAAAAAUGCACAGAUGUCUUACGAACAGCCAUGGCCAUGGGUGCAGACAGAAGCAUACACGUCGAGAUACCUGCAAGCGACGCUUCCUCCGAACUAGAACCUCUCGGCGUAGCGAAGGUGCUCAAAAAAGUGGUGGAAGAGGAAGGCAGGAACCUAGUCAUUCUUGGAAAGCAAAGCAUAGACGAUGACUCGGGCCAGACGGGGCAGAUGCUCGCAGCGCUGCUCGGAUGGGGGCAAGCUACGCAGGCAAGCAAGAUUGAGUUUGAAGGAGAGAAUCACGUCCAUGUGACCAAGGAGGUUGAUGGGGGCGUGGAAACAGUCAGGAGCCCAUUACCUAUGAUCAUCACAACAGACUUGAGGCUCAACGAGCCACGGUACGCGACGUUACCAAACAUAAUGAAAGCAAAGAAGAAGCCCAUUGUGAAGAAGACACUGAAAGACUACGCUGUCGAGGAAGGGAGGAGGCUGAAGACGCUGAAGGUCGAAGAACCUCCUCCGAGACAAGGUGGUGGCAAGGUCGAAGAUGUAGAUGGAUUAAUAUCUAAGCUAAAAGAGCUUGGUGCUAUAUAG